AUGAAAUUUACCUUGCCCCAAAUCAACUUUAUUAUAAUUUUAGGAUCGUUAUCAAAACCAAACCUCAACGAUGGAAUGACAGUGGUAACGAAUAGUAGCAACAUCAAGUUUAUUUAUAAUUCACCAAUCAUUACAUUCCAAGCGAAACAUGACGUCAUGAACAACCAAUCAAAUGCUGUUGAAAUAAACUCAAAAUAUUAUCUGGUUGGCGGAUCUGUCGUUGGCAUAAAAAAUCAAAUGCAGUUGAGAAUAAAGCUCAGCGUGUUGCUAAGCAACAUCAACGGUCUUUUAAGGUUCACUAUUGGGGAUAUGAAAAUUAAACAAUUUUUGUCCACUCAGAAAGUUCAGUUGACUGUGCUCAUAAACAAAUUAAAAUUUGGGAUGGAUUACAAGUCACUGAUGACAGAGACAACAAAUUUAAAACGAGAGUUGCAUCAAUUAUGGGAUCUCUUAGAUGGCUUGAUAACAAAAGGAAAGGUUGACCAAUCAAUUAACAGGAUGGUGAUAACAAGAGCUACUUUCAUACUUCGUUUAAUUCGUCAAACAGACAUAACUCCAUUGCCAGUGUUGACUAAAAUGGAAGAGAAAGAAAUAGGGUUGCAGUUUGGAUUCCAUGGCACAAUCUGUCUAUAUAAGUUAUGCAUUCAACACUGCUUGCUAAAUGUUUCUUUUUCGAAACAAGAUCCGACCAAAGUUUUAAUCAACUGUCAUACGCAAAAGGAUCAGUUUAUCAGACCAAAAAUUAAACUGGAGAAGAACAAAGACGUUGUUAUUACAAUGAGUACACAAACAAACCAUUUUGAAGUGAAAUUCCCCACUGUUGUAUCCAUGUUUCAUCAAAAUGUUCCUGGCAUUUUUUACUUCAAUGAGAGUAAAGCGUCAUGUUAUGUGCCAAACUUUGAUCUCGGUGACGGCAUAUUUUCCAAUAUCACCGCGCUUACGGAUUUAGACACUACAUCAACAUGGCUAUCACUUGUGUUCAAAUUAUCUGGUCAAAGUGAUGUGUCAUCACACUUUGUUCAACAGUUUCAGUUGGAAAUCAAUUCGUUUUUGAAACAAAAUGCCGACGCUACGAAAAACAAAUUAAAAGUUCUUUCUACAAGACUUCUGGAAGCUAACCAAAAGUUAAAGAUUGCUGAAAGUCUCUUGUUAAAAUCGUCAAAUACAUUAAAGAGAUACCAAUACGAGCAGAAGGUGGCAAAAUUUUUGUACAUCAGUUCUUUAGUCAAUUUGAAUAGGUCUCGUAUUCAAUUCAGAUCCUAUCAAGUCACUCAUUACCUAAGAAAUUAUAAACUUAUCUUUGACAGUAUUUGCAAACUCAAGGUUUGCCGUCAGCAGUGUAUUAUGACAGAAGCUUGCAGAAUAUGUCAAGAAUCUCAAACAGUGAAGACAGAUGUGUUAAAAUGCUCUAACGUCAAGAAAAAGGUCAGACUAACUCAAGAAGAAGAAUAUGACGACGCAUGCCAUGAAACAAGAAAGUUUUAUGAAACCAUCUACACGGGUACGUGUGUCGGUGGAGGAGACUCCUCAGGAAUAAAAAGUGCCCUACCAAACUGGGCAGCCGGUAUUGGUCACACGAUUGGAGGACCUGUUGGAGCUCUAAUAGGAGGGUUAACAGGCGCAGUUGUUGGUCAAUUUUUUCAAGGAUGUGAGGACACGUGGGAAAAGUUUAUUAAUAAAAAGAUUGUUACUGUUCCUUGCAAAAAGAUUCGUUUAAAAUCUGUCGUACAGGAGUGGAGUGAAUCGUCGUGUAUGGAGUACGAGAAAAAUAUCAUGACGAAGUUUCAGUCACCUAAAGAAUGUAACUGCAGCAACGAAUGUGUGACCACGCAAGAUCCGAAUUGUCUUCACGAAAAUGAAAACUGUCGUGGACGUCACAAAACAGCUUUGACUAAACUACUGCAAUCUGCAGGCGUUUUCAAAAGGAGUGCUACGGAAUUUUUAGAAUGCGAAAAGAAUGUUACCAUCUAUCAAACUCAACUAUCCAAGGCUACUGAAAUCCUUAAAAACCAUGUCGGACAGCACGAAAGAGUUCAAGUCUCGCUUAAUCAAAUCGUAGUUUUAAAGAAGAAACUGGAAGUAGACAUUGGUAGAUUAAACCAAUCGAGCAACAUCGAUCGUUGUUUAUUAGAUAAGUAUGAAAAUAAAGAUUUGAUAGCCGUAAACGUUAUUAAUUUUGGACCAGUAAUAAACCUGGAAACUGAUAUUGAUUUCUCAGUGGAUGCAACUGUAAAUGGGAAGCAUCGAUUGGUGCAUAUGUCUGUGAAUAUUUUAGACGUUCGGUUGCAUUUAAAACAAAGCAUCAAAAACAUUUUAGCAGAAGUCUUUUGUGAGCAAUACACACGAAUCAACCAUCCACAAGCUUUACCGGAAAACCCUUAUCGAUUGCAAGUGGAAGCACCAUUAGGGUUAGUAACCUAUUCAAAAGCUGAUGGCAUCUGCAACACAAUCCUUGGGCUGUACAAGUUCCUGGAAUACCCUAUCGAUUCUCUGCGUACAUUGGCUCAAAGCAGAGAGCGAAAAGUUCGCGAUUUAAGAAAAUCUCUACAAAGUGUAGAGCUUGAAUUAUCAAAACUGAAACAAAAUAAGAAUCAAAAUAAAAUAACACAACUCGAAGUAAAAGCUUUAAAAAAUAAAGUAGAGGUAUUGAAGUCGAAGAUCGAAGAAAAUGGAGUAUCUGCAACAUUAACCAGCUGGAGACAUGACAUGGAGGUCUUCAACAGGGAAGCUAACUUCAUUAAUAACUACGGAUUCCAAGAUACUGUAGCGACAGUCUUUGAAAGGUUUAAAGGCUUAGCAGGUCUGUCAGGUAUCGAGGAGAAAAGAUUUUUUGUUGGUCUUGAGAACUUGAGGUCAUCAUUUCAUUUGAUACUACAGGAGAAUAUAAGUCUUCGAACCAGUAAAGAUCUUGAUCAAUUCAGUUUUUACUUCCGCUAUACGUUUCUGCAAUUGUGGAGACAAACGAAAUAUUGCGCUCAAGUUCUUCCGGUGCAUUUGGAAAGCCCGUCAUUAAUGGUGUCGCUAAUUGGCGAUGUCGUUAAUCUUGAGUGCAAGGUGAUGACAACUAAGAACGUUAAAUACUUUUGGUAUGUGAAUCAAAAAGAAAUACCCUGGGAACAUUCAAAAAAUUUAAGCAUAGUUGUUGGCAGUUUGUCUGAAGGCUCGUACAGGUGUAAAGUCGAGACGCUCACAAAAAUGAAUGUCUCGAAUGACAUAUACAUGAAAGUUGAAGCUCGACCAGUUGUCGUACAGCAGCCCGCUGACGUUGACAUUAUAUCAUCAAACAACAAAUCAAAUUAUUCUUUCAUGUGCAACUUUACGGGAAAUCCUGCAGUGCAAAUAACAUGGGAGUAUACACCUUUUACACGAGCUUCAACAAAAGUUCUUUCAUCAAAAGAUGAAAUAUUAACAAUCCAACAUUCUGAUGUGCAACCCGGUUUUUAUGUAUGCAAAGGCUCAAAUAAACAUGGAAUUUCAGUUAGCCGUCAUGCCAGAAUGAGUGUUCUCAAAACAUGCGUUGCUCAUCAAGCAUUUGUUUUGUCACUGAGUAUACCUCGCAAAGAAAUGACAGAUAUGCUUAAUCGGAUUUUUUACUCGAAAAGUGCAAGUAAAGCCUGGUCAACCUCACUAACACAAAAAAUAUCAAUAGCAGUAUCCCACCAAACCAACAUAAUAGCAAAGGUUGCGUUCCGGCUGAUAGAUUAUGUGGUGGAAGAUAAAAAUCGAUGUCUAUUAGAUGACAGAAAUAUGUUAACUUUAGUUUCUCGCGCAAAGGCUAACAUGGUGCAGCUUUUGAAGAACGUUUUGGUAACGUUGUCUGUUAAAGUGGACGAAAGUGCAACAUUAGCUGAGUUGAGGGAGAAUCUUCGAUCAACAUUGUUGUUAGAACCUGACGUCCCAGGAUUUUGUCCUCGUGGAUAUCGCCUGCAUGAAAGUCAAUACAAAUGCGUUGAAUGCAAGCCAGGAACUUAUGAAGCUCAUGGGAAGUGUAUACCAUGUUGGAAAGGUAGUUACCAAUCUUCCAGUGGUGCAUUACAAUGUUAUCUCUGUCCAAAUGGUCAAACUACAGAAGAACGAAGUUCUGUUAGUCUGAUGGCUUGUAAAUAAUUUGAGAGGAAAUGAGCUUGUCAAUGAAA